AGGAACCCAAGGAACACAUUCACGAGGCCUCCAGACCGAAACCCACGGCCGUCCGCUGAAUACGAGUCGUUUGCUGGGGCCCUGCGAGCUGCAAAACGAUCGUUCGUAGAAGAAAAAAUCGUUCGUAAGCGGAGCAGUCCCUGUUGGAACAGCAUCGCGCCAAUGGAGGGCUUUCAGCCCUUCAACUUUUGGAAGUUUCUGGAGAAACACAGAGACCAGCUCAAACCGCCCGUUGGUCAGCGAGAACAAGCCGCAGGCAGAUCCCCCAGUGCUUUCUGUUGUUUUGUGUGUGCAGGCAACAAGAUGAUCUACAAUGAGGGGGAGUUCAAAGUCAUGGUCGUCGGAGGUCAGCACACAAACGAGGCUUUCCGCAGUAGAUGGAAGCGGCGAGCGUACCUCUGUAUCUCUGUGUGUGUUUCUGUGUGUGUCAGGUCCCAACACGCGUACGGAUUAUCACUGGGAGGUGGGUCCGGAGUGGUUUUUCCAGCUGCAGGGCGACAUGUGCCUCAAGGUGGCACGCGACGACCCCACCACCGGCGAGAUGCGCUUCGAGGAUGUGCACAUUCGCGAGGGCGACAUGUACAUGCUGCCGCCCAGAGUCUACCACUCGCCUCAGGUGGCUGGCUGGCUGGACGGACAGAGGGAGGGACGGGGGAAGGAAGCAGACAGAGCAGCCAUCGAGCGUGCUCAAUGGUUUGUGUGUGUGUGUGUGUGUGUCAGCGCUCCGAGGGGUCGGUUGGGCUGGUCAUCGAGAGAGAUCGAAGGCCCGAUGAGGUAGCCAACCACACGAACGGACACAAGAAAGGCCUCCUCACGAACGUCGCAAGUCAAUCAAUCGAUGGGCCAUGUGUGUGUAUGUUUGUGGAAAUGAUGCCUGCGUGUGGUGUCAGGAGCAUGACCGCCUGACGUGGUUUUGCGAGCUGUGCAAAGCCCUCAUCUACCAAGACACAUUCCACUGCACCGACCUGGGUACCUAGCUGCGCGAAACACAGGAAGAGAACAGACCCCCCUCAAUGCAGUCACCGGUCUGUUCGUGUGUCUCCCCUGGCCCCACUUGACUGCACACAUACACACAUACAUGCAGGUAAGCAGCUGAAGCCGGUGAUCGAGGCCUACUACGGACCUGACGCGGGCCGCAGGACGUGCAAGAAGUGUGGGUGGGUGGAACAGGUGCCUGAGAAGUUCGUGCAGGCCAGGGAACGGGCUAACGGGGUGUGAUGUGAUGUGAUGGUAUGGGAUGGGGUGGAGUGGGAUGGGAUGGGAUGUAUGAGUCGUGUUGUGAUGCAGAUGAACUGUUUCGAGACGGUUUCCCAUUUAGUCUUCUGUUUGAGUGUGAUGUGAUGUUGGCCGUGGUGUUGGCCUUGGUUAUGCACAUGUGGGACUGGUCCAGUCAGUGGUUGAUGUAUUCUGUGUAUGGAUGAAUGAAUGAAAGACCGUCCACAACCC